AAGACCAAGAUCAGGAUGCCAUAGUUGGAAAGAAGAUUAUUAAUCGGACGUUUCUUUCUCUUUCCCAAAUUACUGCUUUGUCAGAACAAAAUCUAGAAGGAGUUCAAAAAAAGCUGGAAGAAUUUCUGAAUUUUAAACAAUUAAAGACAUCUUUGAAAGAAGCUAUUUUGCUAGAUUAUUAUACUGCGGGGUUUUGGUGGGCUAAAGAAAUGAACUUCAGUCUUAUACAGCUCUCAGGAUUCAUGGAUCUAUUAAAUUUCCUGUUGGAGAACCUCAGUGACAAACAUAUGACCUUAGGAGAUAAUUUAAAAGAACUUGGAAAAGCAAUGGCUGGAAUAGGAGAAACUGCUUCAGAAAGAACUGGUGACUUGAAUUUCUUCAGCAUUGAGCAAGCCAAAACAGUCAUUGAUUACUUGAAUAUCAGCUUAUUUAAACACUAUAAACUAUAUGAAUACCUCUUCCACAGUCCUAGAGAAGAACUUGUGAUAAGUAAUGAGUAUGUGAUUGAACUUGCCCAACCUGCAGUUCCCCCCUUCCCUGCUCUGCUGGAAGAAGGCAUACCUUUGGAUAUCAAUUCGUCAUUCAUCAUAUCACCAACAGCUGCAGAGACAGAAUCUAAGGGGUCUGAUCAAGAGGGUUACCUGGAAGAGCCCUGCCCAGAGGCAGAGUCCUUCGAGGCAGGUGCUGUGGCUGGUGUCACUGCUGAAGAUCAGAAGUCUGCAGUGGGUGAAAUCUCAAAUGAAAUUAUUGGCAACCUUGAGGCAGAGAUAAAUGAAAAGCUGCAAAUGCAAGAAGCAGCUUAUGCUUUGAGAACAGAAAGCUUAAAAAGUCCUAAAUAG